CACGACAUAGAUUGAGGGAAGCCCUGACGAACGGCGCAUUGUUCUCGCCGUUGCAGAAUAAAGUUGAGGGCGGUGAGUGCAUCGUCGAAUCGGAGCCACGUAGGCGCCAACCCCGCGACGUUGCUGCAUACGCCAGCAAAAAACAUAAAGCACACCAUCCGCUACCAUUCUUCCUCCUACAUCCCACCUUCCUCCCUCACCCUCUUCUCCCUCCCCUCCCUCAUCUUCUACCCAUCCCCCAAAUUAUCACAGUUGUCCGCAUCGGACAAACACAUCACAAUGGUACACUCUUCAGUACUCGGUUUCCCCCGCAUGGGUGCGGACCGUGAGCUCAAGAAGGCCAACGAGGCCUACUGGGCGGACAAGCUCUCCCGCGAUGACCUGCUCAAGGAGGGCAAGCGUCUGCGGUUGGAGCACUGGAAGAUCCAGAAGGACGCCGGCGUCGAUGUCAUUCCCAGCAACGACUUCGCCUUCUACGACCACCUUCUCGACCACAUCCAGCUCUUCAACGCUAUCCCAGAGCGCUACUCCAAGCACUCGCUGCACAAGCUCGAUGAGUACUUCGCCAUGGGCCGUGGCCACCAGAAGGACGGUGUCGACGUUCCCUCGCUGGAGAUGGUCAAGUGGUUCGACUCAAACUACCACUACGUCAAGCCCACCCUCCAAGACAACCAGACCUUCACCCUCGCUGAGAACCCUAAGCCUGUCGCUGAGUUCCUCGAGGCCAAGGAGGCUGGCAUCACCACCCGCCCCGUCCUCAUCGGACCUGUCUCUUUCCUCGCUCUCGGCAAGGCCGACCGUGGCCAAUCCGUCGACCCCAUCACUCUUCUCGAGAAGCUUCUGCCAGUAUACGUCGAGCUCCUCCAGAAGCUGAAGGAGGCUGGUGCCGAAUACGUCCAGAUUGACGAGCCUGUCCUCGUCUACGACCUCCCCCAGAAGGUCAAGGAUGCCUUCAAGCCCGCAUACGAGAAGCUCGUCGGCAGCGGUCUGCCCAAGCUCGUCCUCGCCACCUACUUCGGUGACAUCGUCCACAACUUCGAGGUCUUCCCCAGCCUCCAGGGUGUUGCUGGUAUCCACAUCGACCUUGUCAGGAACCCUGAGCAGCUCGAGAGCGUCAUCGGCAAGCUUGGCUCCAACCAGGUUCUGUCCGUCGGUGUCGUUGACGGCCGCAACAUCUGGAAGACCAACUUCAAGAACGCCAUCGAGAUUGUUGAGACUGCUGUUCAGAAGCUCGGCAAGGACCGUGUCCUUGUCGCCACCUCCAGCUCGCUUCUCCACACCCCCCACUCUCUCGACAGCGAGAAGAAGCUGCCCGAGGAGGUCAAGGACUGGUUCUCCUUCGCUUGCCAGAAGGUGUCUGAGGUCGUUGUCAUUGCCAAGGCUGUCAACGACGGCCCAGCAUCCGUCCGUGAGGCUCUUGAGGCCAACGCCAAGUCGAUGCAGGCUCGUGCCUCAUCUGAGCGCACCAACAACAAGGCCGUCAAGGAUCGUCAGGCCAGCGUCACUCCUGAGCAACACGAGCGCAAGUCUGGCUUCCCCGAGCGUUACGCUCAGCAGAAGAAGCACCUCAACCUCCCCAUGUUCCCUACCACCACCAUCGGAUCCUUCCCCCAGACCAAGGAGAUCCGUAUCUCGCGUAACAAGUUCACCAAGGGUGAGAUCACACCCGAGGAGUACGAGAAGUUCAUCGAGAAGGAGAUUGAGGAGGUCGUCAAGAUCCAAGAUGAGCUUGGCCUUGACGUCUACGUUCACGGCGAGCCCGAGCGUAACGACAUGGUGCAGUACUUCGGCGAGCGCCUUGACGGUUAUGCCUUCACCACCAAGGGUUGGGUCCAGUCUUACGGAUCCCGCUGCGUCCGUCCUCCGAUCAUCGUCGGUGACAUCUCCCGCCCUGCUCCCAUGACCGUCAAGGAGUCCAAGUACGCCGCCUCCAUCUCCAAGAAGCCCAUGAAGGGUAUGCUUACUGGACCCAUCACCUGCCUCCGAUGGUCCUUCCCCCGUGACGAUGUUCACCAGUCUGUCCAGGCGCAGCAACUUGCUCUCGCUCUCCGCGACGAGGUUGUUGACCUUGAGUCUGCUGGCAUCUACGUCAUCCAGGUCGACGAGCCCGCUCUCCGUGAGGGUCUUCCUCUCCGUGCCGGCACUGAGCGUGAGAAGUACCUCUCAUGGGCUGUCGACUCCUUCAAGCUCGCCUGCGCUGGUGUCCAAGACUCUACCCAGAUCCACUCCCACUUCUGCUACUCCGAGUUCCAGGACUUCUUCCACGCCAUUGCCGCGCUCGAUGCUGAUGUCCUCUCCAUCGAGAACAGCAAGAGCGACGCCAAGCUCCUCAAGGUCUUCGAGGACAAGGCUUACCCCCGCCACAUCGGCCCCGGUGUCUACGACAUCCACUCCCCUCGUAUCCCCUCCGAGCAGGAGAUCAAGGACCGUCUCGCCGAGAUGCUCACCUACCUCAAGCCUGAGCAGCUCUGGGUCAACCCCGACUGCGGUCUCAAGACGCGUCAGUGGAAGGAGACCAAGGCAGCGCUUGUCAACCUUGUCAACGCGGCCAAGUUCUACCGCGAGAAGUACUCUUCUUAGGCUCUUUGCCAUUUGGCAUAUCCUCUUUGACUGCCUUUCAUCAAGGCAGUCGCUUCAAGCAGCAUAUCAACAUGCCGCUUUGUAAUGUGUGUAAUGACUAGUUAUGAUACCCAAAAGUUCAACCUGCAUCAUGGGUCGUUUGGCGGUGCAAAAGGAUAUUGAGGAGAUGAACGCUCUCAACAUCGGCGUUCAUCAUAAGCAGCAAAUGGGCUGGCUUUGGCGUUUUGAUAUUUAAGGGGACUAUGUGUGCGACGAUUGUCGCAAGGAGAUGGCAGGUGGCGGAGCAAGAGCUCUGUCGAUGUAGAGUAGACUACCUCAUCUUGAUAUGGGAUGAACUGAAUGAAAGUUUAGAAGUGUCGCU